UGAAAAAAAUCUAAAAAUAUCACCCCUUUAACACCCCUGCAGGUGAACCAGUGCCGCCUCAAGAAAAAAAAAAAACAUUUCCAACCAAUUAGUGGGGUAUGCAGUCCACAAAAUUAGAACCAAGCGGCGCUGCAGCUAAGCAACAUCUACAUAGACUCUGGAUGCUGCCCAGUGCACGACACGCUGCCUCUUGUGUGUAUGAAAAUAUCUCGUUCUAUCGUAUAAAUAAAACGAAUGGACGAACGUUUUUAGUUUUUCACAAUCGUAUUUUGAUGGAAAUCGUUAUGGAAAAUAACAGUCGGACGUCCUGAUACAAACUGAAGGUGCAACAUGACACAUCUCAAGGUUGCUGUGAGAGUUAGACCACUGUCUCAGAGGGAGACCGACUCAAUAUCUGUGAUAGAUGUAGAAAAUGGAUGCACAAUAGCCAUAACUAACGUUAAGGUACCUGAGCAGAACGCGGGGGACAGCCGGGAACGCACCAGGAGAUUUACCUUCGACUAUGCCUUCGAGGAGACGUCCACCCAAGAUCAGGUGUUCGAGGCCAUCGAAAGUGUCAUCGGCAAAGCAAUCAAGAACAGAUACCACUCUUGCGUUUUGGCCUACGGUCAGAGUUCUUCCGGAAAGACGCACACGAUGAUGGGAUUUCCCCAUGAUCCCGGACUGACGCCCAAGCUGUGCGAAAAAUUGUUCGACUAUUUGGAAGAAACGGCCGUCGGAAAUGAAGUUUCAGAAAUGAAAAUCUCAGUUAGUUACUUGGAAAUUUACAAUGAAAAAGUGAGAGAUCUCCUAUGCCGAGACGUUGAGAAAAAAGUCCACAAACCUCUAAAAGUUAGGGAGCAUCCCAAAAAAGGCCCAUACGUCCAAGGAUUGACGGAGCAUCCAGUCGGAUCAUCGAACGAUCUGAUCGGUUGUCUGGAGAUUGGGAACAAUAGGCGUCGCGUCGCCGCCACCUUCAACAACCCCCGAUCGAGCCGCAGUCAUUCGGUUUUCAGCGUCUGUUACGGGGGUGUGAAGUUGCACCUGGUGGACCUCGCAGGCAGCGAACGAGCCGAACACGGCUGCUAUGGUACAUGUCGUUUUCGAGAAGGUGCCAACAUCAACAAAAGUCUUGUUGCUUUGGGAAAUGUCAUAUCCGCAUUAGCUGAGCAAACGACGACCAACAACAAACAGCGGCUACAACAUCAAGCUCCAAGCCGGUUGAAUCUAAAGAGGCGGUUCGUUCCGUACAGAGAUUCAGUCCUGACAUGGCUGUUAAAAGAUACACUCGCAGGAAACUCAAACACGGUUAUGAUAGCGACGGUAUCGCCAUCGAGCUCCUGUUACAGUGAGUCCGUGAACACAUUGAGGUUCGGGCAAAGAGCCAAACUCAUCCGUUCUCAGCCCGUAUUGCACGUGGAGGACCCCAAUGAAGCCACUAUUCGUGAAUUGAGAGCAGAAAUUGCCCGACUGAGAGAACUCCUCAAACUUCAAAGCCAGUUAACUCCUGUGAAUCUUAAAGACCCAAUGUUUGAAGCUCCGACCACAUUUUCAACAGAAGUUGACGACAAAUUGCCACGUACAAACAAUACAGUUUACGAUAAUGACAGUGGGCUUAAUACGGGAAUAAGUGACACUUCAAGUUGCUCCUCCGUUAAUUUAGAAACUGAUGACAGUGAAAGUGCGAAUCAUUUUCCCGAACUAAAUUUAAGUGACGUAAAUCUUGAAAGUUCCAUAGAACUAACUGAUACCUUAAGUUUAGAGAACAUACCAAAAGUUACUUCCGAUCUCAAGGAAAAUCAGUGUCAAUCAGAAACGAAAUCCGAAGCUAGUAACAAAGAUCAGAUUACCACCGAAACCUUGGUGCCUUUAAUGAACGUAUCAAGUACUGUACAGAACAAAAAACAAAAGCUGCAUCGAACCUUCAGUGUAGACCAGCAAAUCACCAUGGAAAAAGACAAACCAAAAUUGUUUGGCUCCCAUGAGAACAUCCGAAAAGCAAGCGUAUCAUCUCUACCACCGCUUGUACGCAGACAAUCACUAGUAAAGAAUAAAUCUCCAAAGCAAUCGCCAAAAAGGAAGCCUCCUGAGAUCAAUAAAGUCGACAAAGCUAGCACGACUGAGAAAAGUGUUAAGGCAAAAGUUGAUUCCAUAAGGCGACUACCAACUAAGCCUCGAGCUCAAAUGAUAGCGGCCGUGACCAAUCGGCUUUACAGUAAAUCAAAGAAAAAAGAGGUUGCAACAGACACGGACGACAUUAACUCCUAUCAGCUUCCAAAUCCAAGAGAAACGUCCAUUUGCACGAAUGCGAGGUUCAGAUUGAGGGAGCUUACACAAAGGGCUCUGAGAGCCCACAGAAACAAGCAUGUGGAAAUUCAAACAGACAAUUUACCUAUCCUACGUGUCAAAGAAACAUGUACGGACGUGGACGAUCUGAAGGUGGCUUUGCUUGAGAUUAAGGACAGCGAAACUUGCACCGAUCAAAUUUCUAUGGUCGAUAAAUCCACCGACUGCAACCUUAUGAACUAUCAGACAACUGGAAACAAUGGACUUACAAUCAGCAGAUCUUGCGGGGUUCAAGUUAAAGAGGAUAAUGAGAAACCGGGGACUAGCAGUGUGUCGUUUGCUAAAUACUUGACGAACUUACAAGAGCCGACUUACGAAAUAAUAUCGGAGUCGUGUCCGAACAAUCCAAUUUACACCAGUUCAGUGAACAUAAACAUAUCGCACAAUUACAUAAAUAGCAACAGAACAGGUGAUACCAUAUCGGACGAUAGUUUGGAGGAUAGCACACAAAAUGUUAAUUUACCAACACCAGAUUUAAUCAGCAAUCAUAAUUCUCUGGAACAGAAUGCAUUAUCUGGAAACGACGUACCGGUAAACAGUAAUGAUCCGUUGAACGUGAAAUAUGCAGACAUAACGGCUCUACCCAUUACGGCAGAUGAAUGCUUGAAAGAGGACUUUUUCGUUUAUCCUGACGUUUUCCAGGCCACCUGCAAGGUUAGUCCACCAUUAAAAGAACAGAUCACGAAUAUUGACAUACCAAAAAUAUGUGCUGCUGAAAUUUGUUUGCUAAAGAGAUUGGAUGACUAUUGUCAACCCUUCAUAACAGAUGCCCCAACGUUGGCGAAGCCCGUUGUGAUAGAACCGAAAGAAGCGAGUUGUGUAGAAUGUGUGACAGUCAAGGAACCGUUGAUUUUGAAGUCAAUUAUGCGCCAAAUAAACAACUAUCCCGAAAUACAAGACGACAUUACCUCAAACAACUCCAGCAUCGAAGACUCGUGUUGCGAAAUACCCGAUUCUUUAGAGUAUCACAUGGCAAAUAAUAAAAAAGUCCAUUUCCGAAAGGAAAGAAAACAGUCUGACAAUCAGCGAAUGAUAAAAGCCAUGUCUUCGUUCUUGGAGGAAGCCACCACUCUGAUGUCUAACUUAGCAGCUGUUGCAGUAAAAACUGAACGCCCCGUCUCCAGCAUUCAGGACGAAUUCGAUUUACAAGUAACGGUGAACGACAUAUCCGGACUGAAAAGGUUCGCAAACCGACCGAGGAAGGUCAAAAGACAAAAACCUUCCGACCACGCCGAAACACAAACGGAUAAAAUAUUGCAGGGACACAAUUUCACGCAAACUUAUUCGGCUCAAUAUUCCGACAGCUUCACUCAGUACGGCAAGUCGAUUCCCGUAAAUAAAUUCGAGGCGUUGCUCGAGGACUCGUGCAGAAGACUGGGGGAGAAAAUUAAUUUUAUACCGGAGAGAAUGACCUCUUCCGCUUGUUCGCUCCACGAGGAAGUUUCCGACAGGUUGUCGCAACCGUUCUCGUUCAAUCCUUGGGACUUGAGCAGCACUUCGAAUUACGUCGAGGACUCCUCGUUGGAAAGUAAUCCGGUAACUUUUUCGGACUACGGCAGUUUGCCGAGGAGGAGUUACCGAAGACACAGGGCACCGAGUUGCAGUCCGAGCGCUUAUUUAAAGCAGCUGACUUCGUUGCGGAAACAAGUCAUUGAAUCGUCCAGAGAAGAAUUGGUGAACAAUUCAAACUGAUGGACCUCUUUAAUGUGGUGUGUGAAAACUAUUAAUAAUGUAUCUUGGAUAGUGUUGUAAAUUUUCGAUUUGUUUUUGGAAAACAUACUUGUUUAUAAUUAUAUCGACAUUAAGAUUUGUAAAUGAUUUGUGAAAUUAAUUCUAUUUUCAUUUUAAUGAUAGACAUUGCAUUUUUACAACUUUUUAAAUAUUAAAUAUAGAAUUUAAAACUGUUGAUCAAGUUUGUUCGAAAAUAUGUUUUUAUGGUUUACAGGUUUAAAAAUGUAUUUUUGACAAUGUUAAUAUUAAGAAUGGUUUUCUGUGUGUAAAUGUACAUAUUAAAAAUUGUAAUAUUUUUUAUAUUUAUCGUCUUGACA